UCGCUAAGACUCUAACUAUGAUUCUCUUUUCUCUUUUUCUUUCCAACCAAGCAAAGGGCAAUGUAAGGGUAAUUGCGUCAUUAAAGUUAGGUACUCAAAUAUCACCCCCACCGACACCGUUUUAAAGGAGCAAUAGUGCGAGGAGUAUUGGGUUUCCCCUUCAAAACGCAGCGUCUUGACCUGGCAGCAGGUACAAUAAAACCUGGAGCAACUUGAAAAUGGAGCAGAGUUGCGACUGAAACUAAAACAGUGGAGGAGAAACAGGACGAAGAAAAAGCAUGGCCGCAAAACCUGGUUCAGUUCCGACAACGUAUCCCCCGAAUCCGGGCCCAAAAACUCGCCCACCUAUUUUCAAAGACAACGAUCUGGAUUGGGUCCGACCUGAUGGCCGCGGCUUUCACCAGUGCCGACCUGCAUUUUUCAGGACAGGUGCAGUUAAUUCUGCUUCUGGAUCUGCUUAUGCGGAGUUUGGAAAUACCAAGGUUAUUGUGUCUGUAUUUGGGCCAAGAGAAAGUAAGAAAGCGAUGAUGUACAGUGAUACUGGGCGGUUAAAUUGUAAUGUCAGCUAUACAACAUUUGCCACUCCAGUUCGAGGACAGGGUUCAGACCACAAAGAGUUUUCAUCAAUGCUUCAUAAAUCUUUGGAAGGUGCAAUAAUGUUGGAAACGUUCCCCAAGACCACCGUGGAUGUUUUUGCCUUAGUCUUGGAAUCUGGGGGCAGUGAUCUUCCUGUAGUCAUAUCAUGUGCUAGUCUUGCCCUUGCAGAUGCAGGGAUCAUGAUGUAUGACCUUGUUGCUGCAGUUUCUGUGUCCUGUCUAGGGAAAAACCUUGUGAUUGAUCCUAUUCUUGAAGAGGAAAGCUACCAAGAUGGAAGUUUAAUGCUUACAUGUAUGCCUUCUCGUUAUGAGGUCACGCAACUAACAUUUACAGGAGAAUGGUCAACCCCAGAUAUUAAUGAGGCAAUGCAGCUUUGCCUUGAUGCUUGCGAUAAGCUUGGUAAAGUCAUGAGGUCAUGCUUGAAGGAAGCUGCAUCCGCUUCACAAGAGUAGAAAGAAGAUGAGCAUCUUAAUUUUGUUUUCACAGUACAAUCUUUCUUUCCCUUUCUUUUCGACCUUUUCUUUGGUAACUUAUGCAGACUUUAUGAGAACAUGAUAAUUAAGUUUAGUUCGCUUCAUUUCAAAUGUUGUUUAUAUUUAUUCCUAAUUCCACUAAGAAUCUAUUAUAUGAGGAGUAGUUUUAAGCGGCAGGCAUGUCCUAAAUUGGAUUUCUCUCUGACAUUGUAAAUACAUACCGUAGUUGCUAUUCUGUAAAGGGAGAUGCUGACAAACCAUCAAUCCUCAGGUUUUUCUCUUGAAGACAAUGUAAGUGGAAUGCAGAACCUCCCCACUCCUAUAUGAUUAAAUGUUGAUCUCUCUUAAUGGUUGUGGGGUUCGUUUUGUUUUGUUUUGUUUGGGCCAAAUACACUGAAGGCCCUGGCAGCUGGUCAUACCAUCAGCAAAUACUUCAGACUGCUGAGCUGAUAGUGAAUGCUGUUUAUCCCACCAUCUGGUGCUUCAGCCCAGGUUCAGGCCUAGCAGGAUAGAACAUAGAUUGCUGUGAGUAGUCAUUUUCCUUGCAGGUGGUUGGGGUGGAACUAAAUCAAUGGCCAUGUAUCCUUGAAAGCUUGGAUGAACGAAAUCUUAUGCCCCAUAAAAAGAUCAAAAUUCUAACUACAGCCUUAUACUAUAUAUAACCAGUCGGGCACAUAUGGGGGGACAUGAAAAUCAAUAAUGGCAAGUCUAACCAAUCUGCAGGUAUAUCAUGUCCCCGGUGAUAAGUUUACCACAAAUUAACAAUCCAUUUCGUGCUAUUAAAAAAGAAAUGUAACAGCAACUUGUGAAACUGUCAUAACUACAAGAAAUGUUAAAAAUGUAUAACCAUGCGACUGGAUAUACAUUUGAAGUGACUAAAGAAAAUCAUAUAAUAGAAUUGGUACGUUAUUAUCUAUCGAAGAAGUGUGGGUCAUGCAUUUUUGAUCCAUGCAUAGCAUUUAAAGAUCUGUGUGGCCCCCAUAAUGUGGAGCUAUUUAGUUAAAUC